AGAACUCAAUAACGUUGCUCCACAUUGCCACUCGGAACUUAUUUAACGACGCAUCGAUUUGCAGUUUGCAGUCUAUGUAAAGUAAGUCACUGCAUGACAGUGAGAACAUAUUAGUUUAAAAGACCGAGAUAUUGCUUGCAAUGGACGACCAAGGGUGUCCGCGAUGCAAAACGACGAAAUACAGAAAUCCAUCUCUAAAGCUUAUGGUCAACGUAUGCGGUCACACACUAUGCGAGAGUUGUGUGGAGAUGCUAUUUGUGCGUGGCUCAGGGAACUGCGUUCAGUGUGAUACGCCGCUCAGGAAGUGCAAUUUCCGCGUUCAGCUCUUCGAGGAUCCAGCAAUUGACAAAGAGGUGGAAAUCCGCAAGAAAGUACUAAAGAUAUAUAACAAAAGAGAAUUUGACUUCCCAAGCCUCAGAGAGUACAAUGACUAUCUGGAAACGGUGGAAGAAAUUGUCUUCAAUCUGACCAAUAACCUUGAGGUGGAGAGGACGCGGCAGAUCAUGGAACAGUAUCAAAGGGAGAACAGAGAUGUCAUCCAGCGCAACAAAGUGAAGCUGACACGUGAGCAGGAGGAGCUGGAGGAGCUGCUGCUGCUGGAGCAGAAGAGCACUGAGGAGAGGAGGCUGGAGCUGUUGGAGGAGGAGAAGAGGCAGCUCCACGCCAAGAGGAAGAACAAGCAGGCCUUGCUGGAUGAGCUGGAGAGCUCCCAGCUGCCAGCGUGUGUCUUGCUGGCUCAGCAUAAGGACAGAGCUGUACAGCUGGAGCAGCAGAUUGAGAAACAGAAGCAGGCUGUCAAGACCACCAUCUUCUCCACGGGCAUCCCAAUGGGUCAGACGGUGUCGCUGCAGCCUGUGCCAGAAAUCCGGGAGGUUCUUUAUCACCAUCAGCCCCUGUAUAUCUACACACACGGGCCCCCAGUGCCAGAGCUGGACCAGCUGCAGAGACUUGGGUACCUGAACCAUGUGCGAGCAGCAUCCCAGCAGGACAUGGCAGGGGGCUACAACUCCGGAUUGGCCUGUCAUCGUGCUGUUCAGGACGCCUUCAGUGGACUCUUCCCCUGAUCUAGUCUGAUUUCAGCUAGACACCAGCCCCAUUUCUGUAGAACUACCCUUCAGGAGAAUGGAGCUUCAGCCACAACCCCCAACAUCUGCUAUAACUGCCCAAGGCCCCCAGGAGCAUUCAAGUCUUAUAGACAAAUGAGUGGGAUCAGGGCUGUACCCUAAGGCAGUAGAUCUUGACUUCACCAAUAAAAUCCCCAAGGGCUGUUUUUGGACAAUACUACAUCUACAUUGGGGCGUUCGCCAUUCCAUUAAGAGUGCUGCUCUUUAUAUCUUGCAUGUAUACAGAAAACAGGACAAAACAUGCAAACAGAUUACAUUUGAGAAUGGAGAGCCAUAGUCCUUUGUCCUCAUGAGGAUCUUUGUUUCAGGGCUUGGUUGAGUGAGUGUCUUUUCCUUUUCAAAUGAUGUGUAUAUAUUCUAUUAAAAUAUUUUUACAGACUAUUUUAA